CCGCCUUCAGCAGUCAUGAAGUCUAGGUCUGACACUCGGAAAUCUGUCGCAGGAAAUCGAUCCUGGAUAGAAGCCUGAUUAAGGUAGCCCGGCAUGCCUUCCGUGGUAAAACUGGGAGCAAUAGAAUGUCUGAAGGGGUUGAUAUAAACCCACCCUACCCUUGAUAUUCUUCGUGUCCCGAACCACUCUAUACUCAACACCCACAAUGAAGCUCACACGCACCAUUUCCAUAGUGGGUGUCCACUGCGCCGGCGAAGUCGGCGACGUGAUCGUUGGCGGCGUCCUCAACCCACCACACUGCAAAACAAUGUACGAAAAGCUACUCUACUUCCUAAACGAAGCAAACGACAUCCGUCAGCUCCUCAUGAACGAACCCCGUGGCUGACCUGCCAUGUGCAUGAACCUUGUCCUAAUUCCGUGCGAUCCUCGCGCAGAUGCAGGAUUUCUCAUCAUGGAAAGCGACGAAUAUCCGCCGAUGUCAGGGGGAAACACCAUUUUCACAGCGACGGUGCUUCUUGAUACGGGGAUGGUGAAGAUGACAGAGCCGGUUACCAAGUUGAAUCUCGAUACACCGGCGGGUCUGGUUAGCGUGACGGCGGACUGCGAGGAUGGAAAGUGUAAAGCUGUGGCGUUUGAUAAUGUGCCUGCUUUUGUGUACAAGCUUGAUCUGCCGGUUGAUGUUCCUGGACUGGGUGUGAUUUCGGUUGAUAUUGCGUGGGGCGGCAUGUACUAUGCGAUUGUUGAUGCUCGAUCUGUUGGCCUGGAGAUUAAGAAUGCGAAUGGGCCAAAGUUGAUUGAUGUUGGAGAGAAGAUCAAACAGGCUGUGAGAAAUACCUAUACGCCAGUGCAUCCAGAAAAUGAUAAGAUCAGAGAGGUCACGGUUGUUAAACUCACAGAGCCUAUACAGCAAGCCUCAGAUGGCUCCAAAACAGCGGUAAACACCGUCGUGGUGUCUCCAGGGCGAUUCGACCGGUGCCCGUGCGGAACUGGGAGCUGUGCUAGACUGGCUGUCUUGCAUGCAAGAGGUGAACUACAGGUUGGCGAGAAGUUAGUAUAUCAGAGUAUUAUUGGAUCGACAUUCGACUGUCGUAUUAGAGGUACGAUCACCGUGGGGGAUUUCAAGGCGGUCCUGCCUACGGUCAAGGGAAGUGCGUGGAUCACUGGGUUCAAACAUAUGUCUUUGGAUCCCUCGGAUCAUUUUCCAACGGGCUUCCGGGUUGGAGAUCAGUGGCAUAUGCCAGAGCAUUGAGGGGAACUUAUUCUUCAAUGUAAACAUGUUAUGAACCUCAGACAAAUCCAAUUGUACUCUCCAC